AUGGGUGAGAGGAAGGUUUUGAACAAGUAUUAUCCGCCGGAUUUCGAUCCGGCCAAGCUUCCUAGAGUUAGAAGACCCAAAAAUUUACAAAUUAAAGUUCGUAUGAUGCUUCCGAUGAGCAUUCGAUGCAACACCUGUGGCAAUUACAUUUAUAAAGGGACAAAGUUUAAUUCACGAAAAGAAGAUGUUAUCGGCGAGACAUAUCUAGGAAUCCAAAUAUUCAGAUUCUAUUUCAAAUGCACUCGGUGCUCGGCAGAACUUACAAUGAAGACUGAUCCGCAGAAUUCAGACUAUAUUGUUGAGUCUGGUGCAACCCGAAAUUUUGAACCUUGGCGGGCAGAGGAUGUGGAAACUGAUGAAGUGAAAAAGAAAAGGGAAGCUGAAGAAAUGGGAGAUGCUAUGAAGUCCUUAGAGAAUCGAACGCUGGAUUCUAAAAGAGAGAUGGACAUCCUUGCUGCACUGGAUGAGAUGAAGUCAAUGAAGUCCAGGCAUGCAACUGUUAGUGUUGAUGAAAUGCUUGCAGCCUUGCAACGGACAGCAGCCGACAAGGAGAAAAGAAUUGAAGAAGAAGAUGAAGCCCUUAUAAAGUCAAUUUUCUCUAAUAGUUCAGAAGUUUCGAUCAGCAGAAUUCGCGAUGAAGAUUUUGAAACUGAGGAGGAAUUGUUUCAGCUCUCAAGUGGACAUUGUGAAACAUCCAUUCAUAAUCCUAAGAGGCUAAAAAUAUCAGAAGAUCUUCCAGGAAAAGCAACUGACGUUUUGACAAAAGCCAGUUUGGAUGACUCUGAGAAAGAAGAAAAAAAGAGUAGCAGUCGAGGAAAGCCUAAUCCGUUGGUGUCAAUUUCUGUUGUUAAGAAACCAGGGACCUCUAAUGUUAAAGGCCCUGCAGAACCGAAAGAAAAGGAAAAAGAGGAAGACGUUAAAACUAAUUCUACUACUGGACUGCUAUCUUUGUGCCAAAACUAUGGAAGUGAUGAGGAUUAG